CUGAGGCCUGGGGCCUCACCUCCUUGGGCAGCUUGGGGUUCCUGCAGCAGCCACUGCCCUGCCUAACCCCUCCCACAACCCACCAUGUUAGUUGGUACCCCCCACCUGCUGACACUGGAUGAAGCUGAUGCCACGUGGGCUCUCAUCAAGGAUAAAAACACAGAGCCAGAGUCUCGGCCAGCAAUAUCUUUGGUUAUCGAGGAGCGCUUUGGGCCCAAUGUAGUGGCAGUCCCUUUCCUGUCGGAUGCAGCCUGCUAUGACCUACUGGGUGUGCUAGUGAAGCAGUCCCGCCCAGCCCACACCCGCCUGGCUUUACCAGGUCGGCAGGGUCGGCGGGCACUACAACCAGUGGGGCCACUACCGAACCUCCUGGAGCAGGCAGGGUCUGAGGGUGCCUUUGCGCACUGCACUCGGGAAUACUCACCAAACGGCAGAGCAGAGAUAGCCUAUGAAGAAAUGCGACUGUUGGAUGGGCAGCCCUGCCGGAUCCGCCUGCACAUGGGUGGCCUGCGCAAGAAGGUGGCCUUCCUGCUGCUGCCACCAGGGCAGGUGAGCCUACAGCAAAAUCUUCCCUGGCUCCGAAGCACCCACAGCAUCUAUGUCAUCUACCAGGUCUUCUCCUGUUCCUGGCUGCAGCUCGGGCUGUUACCUACAGCCCAUGAGCCCCAGCUGCUUCGGUUACAGCGGUCACUGCCUGUUGCCUUCUCCUGCCUCAAGUUUUCACUGCAGCCCAAAGGAGUGCUGGGACCGCAGAAGCCUCUGACCAAAGAUCCACUGCCCCAUGGUGCCAACUGGGUCAGACCCAACCUCGGCAUCAUGCCAUCUCUGGCCCCUACAUCCGCCCCUGCCAAUACCCCUGAAGCUGCUGAUGUGCCCCCACCUGUCCCAGCCCCACCUACACCACCUCCACAGGAAAGGCCAGGAGGCAGACCCACCAGAUUCUCCUACAAGGGUCGAAACCCCUUCCGCAGGAGGCCCCAGAUGUUAUCAGGCAAGACAUCAACUGUUCGCAGACAGGAAUGAACCAUGUGUCAGAUUCUGUAUUUCUACAGACCACACACGUCGGCAGACCCUCUGGCUAUAUAUACCUGUUGGCAGAGCUUCCAACAAUACUUAAUGGAAUGAACACCUAUGAAGAGAGACCCUGAGAAAUGCGGGGACUGAGUGAGUGGCUGCCAGGAGACAACAGCAAUGUAAUAAGUGAGGGAAUGCCUGUCAGUGGAGACUGCAGCAGCACAGAAGCCAGAGGGAACCUGGAAGAAUCCCAGCUGGGAAGUGGGCGGGGCUGUGAACAAGGAGUCUGAGUCACCUUCUCCAACAGUGGUGUAUCUCUCAGGAGGUAGAAGAAAAAGAAGCUCAAGCACAGCUGACAGGAAAAGGAAAAAAUAGGUGGGUCCAGAAUAGAGGAAACCAUUUGUUUUAGAAAAUAAGAAGGGUAGUUCUUCGGUGGCUAGGCUAAGAGAAGAGAAGAGAACAGACACCUGUAAGCACUCCCUGACUCCUCUGAAUCCCCACAGCACUUUCCCUCUACUUCCCAUAUGGCACCUGGAGCUCCCUGAAGACAAUUAUCGGGUCUUGGGCCAGGGCACAACUGCACAGUCUAGGCACUCAUCAUUUACUACAUAACUGUGGAAGGAUUAAAAGCCAAAUGCAGUGGGAAAGAGAUGAGACAGCAGUUUACACUUUGGACAACACAGAUGUUCAGAUUUACCCUAAAUGACCAUUUUAACUAGCAAGGAAAACAUUCCCACUCACUGAAAGGUUGUUUGGUAGGUAUAAAAAUAGCCCCCCAAAGAUGUCAGGCCCUAAACUCCAGAACCUGUAAGUAUUUUACCUUACAGGACAAAAAAGUAUGGUUAUGGUUACGGAAUUUGAGAUGUGGACAGUAGCAUGGAUUACCCAGAUGGACCCGUCUAAUCACAUGAGUCCUUAAAAGCAGAGAGCUUUUUCUAGCUGGGUCAGAAAAAGGAAAAGAAAUCUGAAGCAUGAGAGAGACUUGAUCCACCAUUGAUGGCUCUAAGGAUAGAAGGGGACCAUGAACCAAGGAAUUUGGUUGGCCUCAGAAUCUGGGAAUGGUCCUCUGCUGACAGCUGGCAAGAAAACGGGAAUCUCAGUCCUAUACCUAGAAGGAAACAAAUUAUACCAACAACCCUACUGAGUAGGUAAAUGGAUCCAGUCUUAGAGCCUCCAGAAAGGAACACCGCCCCACCAAACAUUUUGACUUUAGCCUGACGAAAUCCAUAUCAUAUACAUAUAUAUGAUUACAGAGCUGCAAGAUAAUAAAUUUGUGUUGUUUUAAGCCUCUAUAUUUAUGGUAAUUUGUUAUGACAGCAAUAGGAAAUUAAAACAGAUAGGUGCACAGACAGAUGAGCUAGCAUGAUUGAUGUUAAGCCACAGAAGACAAACUUAAAGAAGUUCAAAGUCGGGGCAACAGGAUCAAGCCUAAAAAGGCCAAACAGUGGAAAGGAAAGCAACUACAUCCUGAAAUCAGAAGUGUUCCGGUUCCUCGAAGAAGCAGGAACCAAGAAGAAAUACCCCAAGAACUUGAAGGCUCCUGAGACCAGAGGACCAAGACUAAUAGAAACAAAUGCCAAAAACGAAAGACAAUGGGAGAGAACCAAAGAAGUGAGGAUAAGAUUAAGACAAAAGCAAGAUGGAUAGGUAGAGCCUGGCAUAGGGAAAAGAAAAAUCAACCUUAAGAAGGAAAUCAAUAGUCCCAAAACACAAAGAGGACAUUCCAUCAGGCCAAACAGAUAUAAGACCAUAGUCUAACUUUAGCAUAAUGAGAAAUAAAACUUUUUUGGUAUCUUUAUAAAAUUAAAGCUUUGACACCAAUUCCCUGUUGAUUUUUGCCAAUAAUAAUUUCUCCAUACAUGUAUCAUAAUUACUUUUUGGAAUAAUGUAAAGACGUGUAUGCCCUGUAUAUUAUAAUUCAAGAGAUCUCAGGCAGAGUCUAGAAAAUACUGUUGUUGCCAUUUUUAAAUUCUGAGUUGUGCACCUGGUUCAGAAACACUGGUCUCAUCAGUCAGAGUGGAAUAUCUCAUCUGUAACCUCAGUUAUUCAGAAAUCUCACCUAUACAAAAUAUAGCUCUCCUGAAACCUCACCUACCACAAGGCUGACUACCAGGUAUCUCAAUUAUCUUGAAGGGUUUUUCCAUAACCUUUAGUAAUCCAAGGACUUCUAUUUUAAACAUCAGGACCUAGGGAACUUCAAUUAUUUGUAAAAAGAAGAAUAAGAUACAAAAAUAAGAAACAAAAAUGGUUCCAGAGCCAACCAAAUGCCGUAAAAUCCAUAAUUAAAU